AUGAAUCAGCAUCAGGGGUCCCAGGAUGAUGAGGAGCUCCUCCUCACCUCGCUCGACAGCAGCAGGUCCACCCUUGAGCAGGAGACCACCGUGGUGCUGGACCUGGCACCUUCGACGCCGCUGUGGGCCUAUGCGCUGCUGAUAGCCGCGGUGUUUGCCGUGUCGUCGGCGGCUGUGACGUUUGCCAUGAUUGCAGAGGUGCCGCCCAUCACGCUCGCCGCCUGGCGCCUGCAGCUGACCUCGAUCGUUCUUGGCAUUGGAGGGGGGGUGCAGUACCGCGGCAUGCCCCCCGCAGACCGACACCGCAUGCUGCAGGAGGCGCGGCUGCUGGCCGCCAGCGGCACCUGCCUGUGCUUCCACUUUGGCCUGUGGGUCCUCAGCGUCGAGACAACCAGCCUGGCCCACUCCCUGCUCUUUGUGUCGGCCACGCCGCUGUUCCUGGCGGGCGGCGCCUGGCUGCUGCGCCAGCCCAUCUCUGCGGGGGAGCUGGCGGGCGCCGGCCUGGGGCUGCUGGGCGCUGUGCUGCUGGCCACCGCCGCCGCACGGUCGGACGCGCAGGUGACGGUGGGAGGGGACCUGGCGGCGCUGGCUGCCUCCCUCUGCUUCGUGGGAUACCUGCUGGUGGGGCAGCGCCUGCGCAAGUGGAUGCCUGCCUUUGUGUACGCCUUCAGCGUGACGUCGCUGGCGGCGCUGCUGCUGACGCUGGGGGCGCUGCUGUUUGAAGGCGCCAGCCUGGCGGCCGCCGGCAUGCACGGCGUGUUUGGCUGGGCCGCCUCGCCUCACUACCUGCCCUACGUUUUGUACCUGGCCCUGGGGCCGGGCAUCGUGGGCCACACAGGCGAGCCAGACCGCUGCCGCUGCUUCAACACGCUGCUGCGCUACAUGGACCCCCUGCUCAUCUCCCUGGCCUGCAACAUGGAGCCGCUGAUUGGCAGCCUGCUGGGCUGGGCGCUGGGCCUGGUUGCGCCCCCAGGGGCCUGGACGUACGUGGGCGGCGGCCUGGUGCUCGCCUCCACCUGCGUCGUCUCCCUGGCCUCCCACUGCCGCGAGAAGCGGCAGGCGGCGGCGGACAAGGGCGGCGGGGCGGCAACCCCCGCGCUAGGCGGGAGCCGGGGGCUGGGACACGCGGCAGCGGCGCCGCCGGCGGAAGGGGGUGGUGAGCUGCUGGGCCUGCGAGCAGCGCACGGCGAUAGCCCGAGUGGCGGGCCGCGGAGCAAGGCACCUGCUGCCGCGCCAGCCGGGCCGCCGCCCAGCGCAGUUUGA